CGUGGUCCGCUCUCCGCAUCCUGUUGGUCGAGCCUCCUUGGCCCCGCCCCGAUUCCCGGGCCUGGCGACCUGGGAGGCGGCUAGUGCUGCGCUUGCUGCUGCCGCUGCGCUGAGUGGCGGGCGAGGCGAGCGCGGCGUCGGCGCAGCAUCAGGAGCGGCGGCAGCGCGAGCCCAACAUGAGCGAGCUCAGGCAGAGGCUGGGCCGGGGCGCCGACGGGCAGCAGGACUCCGAAGGGAAGGAAUCGGAGCUGGACAGCAAGCUGGAUGGAGAAACGGCGUCAGACAGCGAGGGCAAAUCCGAGGUUGUCCAAACGUCCCCGGCAGAUGACACCCCAGAGGUCCUUAACAGGGCGCUUUCCAACCUGUCCUCCAGGUGGAAGAACUGGUGGGUGAGAGGCAUCCUGACGCUGGCCAUGAUUGUCUUUUUUUUCAUCAUCAUCUACCUGGGGCCUAUGGUGCUGAUGAUGAUUGUGAUGUGUGUACAGAUCAAGUGUUUCCAUGAGAUCAUCACAAUUGGCUACAACGUGUAUCAUUCCUACGAGCUGCCCUGGUUCAGAACCCUCAGCUGGUACUUCCUGCUCUGUGUGAACUACUUCUUUUACGGAGAGACGGUAACAGAUUAUUUCUUCACUCUGGUCCAGAGGGAGGAGCCCUUGAGGAUUCUCAGCAAAUAUCACCGCUUCAUUUCCUUCGCCCUCUAUUUGACAGGCUUCUGUAUGUUUGUUCUGAGUCUGGUCAAAAAGCAUUAUCGACUCCAAUUCUACAUGUUUGGCUGGACCCAUGUGACUUUGCUAAUAGUUGUUACCCAGUCCCACCUCAUCAUUCACAACCUGUUUGAAGGAAUGAUCUGGUUUAUCGUCCCAAUUUCCUGUGUCAUCUGCAAUGACAUCAUGGCCUACAUGUUUGGCUUCUUCUUUGGACGCACCCCACUGAUUAAGUUGUCUCCCAAGAAGACCUGGGAAGGGUUUAUUGGAGGAUUCUUUGCCACCGUUGUGUUUGGCCUGCUACUGUCGUAUGUGAUGUCUGGAUACAGAUGUUUCGUAUGCCCCGUGGAGUUCAACAAUGACACCAACAGCUUCACUGUAGACUGUGAGCCUUCAGAACUCUUCCAGCUACAAGAAUACAACAUCCCGUUGAUGCUCCAAUCUGUCAUCGGCUGGAAAACGGUCCGGAUGUACCCCUUCCAGAUCCACAGCAUUGCACUUUCCACCUUCGCAUCCCUUAUUGGUCCUUUUGGAGGGUUCUUUGCCAGCGGAUUUAAAAGAGCUUUCAAAAUCAAGGACUUUGCCAACACCAUCCCAGGACAUGGUGGCAUCAUGGAUCGGUUUGACUGUCAGUAUUUGAUGGCCACCUUUGUGAAUGUGUACAUUGCAAGCUUUAUCAGGGGUCCCAACCCAAGCAAACUGAUCCAGCAGUUGCUAACUCUGCGGCCAGAUCAACAGCUGAACAUCUUCAACACGUUAAAGGCCCAUCUGGUCGAUAAGGGUGUGCUGGGUGGUUCUGAGGAUGCGUAGGUACCUGUGCUGUCAGGACGUGACUGAACAUGGGCAGGCGCCCUCCCAAGGAAAAUCUCUCCCCGCUUGCCCGAUUUAGGACAGUAACCCAGCCUCAUGUCUCUCACUUUCUUUUCCAUAUAAAAGGUUUGCAUUUGUGGAUUUUUAAAAGAAAUAUAUAUGUAUCUAUAUGGCUAUGGUUUCAAGCGAAGAAAUUGGAUUUUUAGCUUGGAAGAAACCAUGGCAUUAAAGGAAGAACCUGGCCAAGUGUUACCUGGAAGGUAAUAUCACCCUUCA